AUGUCACUUUUAAGAAUCAGAAGAUGUCGUAACAUGCCUACGAUAUUAAAUCACUUUUUACCACGUAUUAUUCUUAGUAGAAUUUACCCGCCUUUCAAUAGCAACGCUAAUAUACUUGCAGCUCAAAUGAGAUAUGGUACAAAGAUUCGAACCAUUACUGCAAAAAUUUUGUUAAAACGAAAUGUAAAGCGUGAGGCUAUUCGUUUGCGUAUGUAUAAUGUACAUAUCAUUAACCUGGCAACGGAAUAUAUCUGGAAUACUUCAACGGCAUUUCAAAGAGAUCAAUUCGCAACUUUAGCAGCCUCCGUGAAUACCAUAAAUCAAAAUUAUAGAGAGAGCUUCAUUUACAGAAUGACUCAAAUAACUACGCCGCAAGAAACAAAUUGUGCUUUAGGUAACGACUUUUUAAAUGGAAGUAAUUUUUAA